AUGAGAACAUACGUAUCUGGCAAUUCUGGUCUUUCAAACCCUGUUUCUUCAGCUGAAAUUCGCCUGCAAGACGACAAAGAUUAUGACGAUCUUCCUCAAGCUGUUGCUGGAAUCAAUCUCGGUAGAUCCAACAGCCGCAAUGCAGGACUUCUCAGCGCUGAUGAGCAGGGUCUUGAGGGUCCUACCAGUGCACUUUGGCUGGGCAGCAUUCCUACAUCCACCACUACAUCGACCCUGAUCGAGAUGUUCAAGUCUCACGGUCCUAUCCUCUCGGCCCGAGUUCUCACUCACAAGAACUGCGGUUUUGUCAACUUUGAGAGGGUCGAGAGUGCCAUCUCUGCCAAAGCAAGCAUGAACAGCAAGGAAAUUUUCCCCGGUGCUGGCCCCAUCCGCAUCAACUUCGCCAAGCCACCUUCUGCGUCCAACACUCCUGGCCAUGAUGGAGUCUUCCCUUCGCCCAGCCCUGAUCCAUUCGCGAAGGGACAGGACAGCGCACAGGGAACGAAUGCCACUACUCCUGCUGGUGAGACUCCUUCUGCCUCUGCCGCUACCAACGCGGCUCCCAAAGCUCCUUCUCUCCGCGAAAUGACACCCGACAUUCUCGAGAUUGUCAAGCAGUUUGGUGCUUCUGAGGAGGACAGGUUCCGAAUCACUCGCAACCUUCAGUCCGCCAUACAGUUUAACUCGUUCGUUGAGGAAAUCCCCCCCAUUCGUGAGCCUGCUCAUACCCGGGUCCAUGAUGCACCUAAACUCCGGGAUAUCCGCAAGCGGAUUGACAACCAGAGCUUGUCUCAGGCUGAGAUCGAGAACAUUGCCGUCGAUAUGCUUCCGGAGAUCGCCGAGCUCUCGUCCGACUAUCUGGGUAACACAGUGGUGCAGAAGCUGUUCGAGCACUGCUCUGACCAGCUUCGUGAUGCCAUGCUGUCCGAGAUAGCCCCUCACUUGGCUGAGAUCGGUGUUCACAAGAACGGCACUUGGGCUGCCCAGAAAAUCAUCGAUGUCUGCAAGACCCCUGCCCAGAUGACUUUGAUCACUGAACACAUUCGCCCAUACACUAUCCCGCUUUUCUUGGACCAGUAUGGCAACUAUGUUCUUCAGGGCUGCCUCAAGUUCGGCGCUCCCUACAACGAUUUCAUCUUCGAGACCAUGCUUGCUCGCAUGUGGGAGGUCGCCCAGGGCCGAUACGGCGCUCGUGCGAUGAGAGCUUGUCUUGAGAGCCACCAUUCUACUAAGGACCAGCAGCGAAUGCUGGCUGCCGCCAUCGCCCUCAACAGCGUGCAGUUGGCAACCAACGCUAACGGCGCCCUUCUCUUGACUUGGUUCCUGGACACCUGCACUUUCCCUCAGCGUCGAACAGUCCUGUCGCCCCAGCUUGUGCCUUACCUAGUCCACCUUUGCACCCACAAGGUUGCCUACCUCACUGUUCUGAAGGUCAUCAACCAGAAAGCAGAGGCAGAUGCCAGGGACGCCAUUCUCCAAGCCUUGUUUUUCACGCCCAAUGACCAGGUGCUGGAGGCCAUUCUGAAGGAUCACCAGUGCGGUGCUACUCUCAUCUUCAAGGUGCUUACGACGCCCUUCUUCGAUGAGUCCAUUCGCAAUCAAGUUGUUGAGAAUGUUAAGAACGUUCUUGUCAGGAUCAAGGCUCAGCCCAACCAAGGCUACAAGCGCCUGAUGGAUGAGGUUGGCCUGUCAACCCGCAGCGCUGGUAACAACCGUGACGCCAGCACACACGCUGAGCAGCGCCAGCGUCCAUCUUCUAGGCAGGCAAACUCCAACGGCCACCACCCUAACUCUGCACACUCCAACAAGCCUUUCUACAAUUCUAUGAACCAGCCAGCUAACCCUCCUGGAUUUGAUAUGCCAUAUGGAGGUCAACGAAACGAGUCUGCGGAUAACGGUGUUUCUGCAUUCCCCCAGUUUAACCAGGGCAUGAUGUACAACACACCCGGUGGCCCGAUGCCUGCCAACAUGCAGCCAAUGCAAUACCAGCAGAUGAUGAAUCGCGGACCGCCGCCCAUGAACUACAACUAUCCUCCCAUGCAGGCUGGAUACGGUGGUUUCAAUGGCCCUAACCCUUCGGUUGACCAGUAUCGCCAGCAGAACAUGCCCAACGGCAGCCCUAUCCAGCCGCCUGUUUCACAGAUGCCUCAGAUGCCCGCUGGCCAAACCCCGUUCGCCCCUCCUGGAUUCGGCAUGGGAAUGGGCAAUUACGGCUACGGAAAUAUGGGAGGUAUGCCUAACAUGGGAUACAUGCAACAGGAGCAGGGUAACCCUAGAAGAGGUCGCGUAAGACAGCCACAGUCUCGCAAUGGGCAGCCAAGAAGAGGGGGCUAA